AUGAUGACGAAUGAGAAACCGCUGCCGCAGAGACUCUCUUUCCCUCUUUCCACCAAGAAGAAUGAAAAAUAUGUAGAAAAGCCCUUAAAGCUGGUUUUAAAGGUGGGAGGAAAUGAAGUCACAGAACUUUCCACUCAGAGCUCAGUACAUGAUUCAGCCCUAUAUGAAGACAAAAAUGACCAUGAGAAACACAAAGACAAGAAAAGGAAGAAGAGGAAAAAAGCAGCAAAGCAAGUUCCUGGAGAAGAAAAGGAAAAAAGAAAGAGAAAAGGAAAGGAUGAUAAGAAGAAGCGAGAUAGGGACCGUGAUGAAAUUGAAGGAGAAAGAGAACUGAAAUGUCAGACUCCUCUAAGGCUAGACUUGCCACCUGAAAAACCACUGGCAGCGGACUGGCAAGAAGUGGAACAGACGCCACUUCAAGAAGCAUUGAACCAACUUGUGAGGCAGCUGCAAAGAAAGGAUCCAAAUGCUUUCUUUUCAUUUCCUGUGACUGACUUUAUCGCUCCUGGCUACUCCAUGAUCAUUAAACGCCCAAUGGAUUUUAGUACCAUGAAAGAGAAGCUCAAGAACAAUGGUUGUCAGCGUCACGGUGCCAUAUUUGCUUACCAGCACUAG